AUGAGCAGCACAAGAGACUGGAGCAGACCGAGGGGCCAGAAGCAGACCAAGGUUCAGGAGCAGCAGGAGACACUAAGGCGGACUGAGGGCCAGAAGCAGUGUGAGGGGCAGGAGCAGCAUGAGAGACUAGAGCAGACCGAGGGUCAUGAGCAGGACGAGGGGCAGGGUCAAUAUGAGGGUCAUGAGCAGCAUGCGGGGCUGGAGCAGCCCACUGAAGAAGAGGGAAAUGUAGGACGAGAGAGAGGGCAAAUCAGUGAAGAGUGUGAAAGUGAAACUGGAGAGAUGGCUAGGAGCAGCGAAUGUCAAGCUGGCCCUCAUGAUAUAUCAAAGCUGAAGGCAGAUGAUCCGACACAACCUGUGUUAAAGGUAUUUCCCAAAACCAUGCAGGGAGGGGCAAGGAGGAGCUUCCAUGGACAGUGGUAUGAGGAAUAUCCUUGGUUGGAAUAUUCAGUGGCCAUGGACGCUGCGUAUUGCUUUGCAUGCCGGCAUUUUUCGUCUAGCAAAACUGUUUAUACCUCUUCUGCGGGAUACAAAAACUGGCGCAAGGCCACUUUCAAAGAUGGUGGCUUUAGUGUACAUUCCAAAUCUGAGGCGCAUUUGAAUGCAAUGACCACAUGGCGAGAUCAUCAAAAGAUGAUGAAACGCAACAUAUCAGUAUUAGGCAUGAUGAAUGAUGAGAAUCGCAAACAGAUAAAAGAGAAUCAACAAUACAUAAAGACUAUAGGUCAGGUAUUGCGUCUUACUGCAAUACAGAAUAUAGCUCAGCGUGGACAUAAUGAAAAUGAUGAGUCUAGGAACAGAGGCAAUUUCCUUGAGAUUUUGCACUGGAUGGAAGUACAAGCGGAGAUGUUUAGUGGCCCCCCUAGAGAACUUCAAAGCCUCAGCGACACCAGAUGGGCCUGUCGCGGCAUUGCCUGUAGGAACCUUUUUGAUAGAUUGCCUGCAGUACUCAAAGUGUUGGAUGACAUAUCAUAUGAGGUUGAUCCUGAAAGAUCUACGAAGGCCCGAGGGUUAAUGUCUCAAAUUGACCUGAACUUCAUUGGGCUACUUGCCAUAUUUAGACAGGUGCUGGGUGAUGCAAAGUUUUUGUCUGAGCUGCUACAGUCCCCAAACUUGGAUCUCCUCAGAGCUGUAGACUUAAUUGAGACCCUCAGGGAGACCUUUGAAGAGCAUCGCAAUGAGGAUGAGUACUUUAAUGAGCUGUGGAACACAGUAAUCCACACAUGUGAAACCUGCAACAUCCCCAUCACUGUUAGGCUAAAAAGAGCCAAACAGACACCCAGAGCACUAAAUGACAGUUACUGUAUGUCACAUCCACACUUGGUCACAGAAGCCAAGUUAAUGGCAAGGAUGCCUUUAGAACAAACAUAUUCCUGCCCAUAA